AUGACAAGAACAAACCUCAGCGAAGAGGAAGAAGCAGAGGAGGAGCCUUUGCUUGCAGAGGAAGAGCAGCAGUGUGAUCACCCUGAUCAUUAUGAAGGACCCUGCGCCCCAAAUCCUUACGCAGAUUUGCCCGUUUACACAACCAUCCAUCGCGUUCGGCACGAGGUCAUCAACAGCAUUGACGACCCCUACAGCAUCGAGCAACUCAGGGCACCAAGGAUCAAUGUUGCCAUCGUAAGACCUCUGGUCAACCGUCUCUGGGACGAGAAAGAUGUCUCCAUCAUCUACUGUCUGCUUGUCAAUAAGCUGCAGUUCCUUCGGGAACAAGCCUUCGAGGCGCAUCAAACCAUCAAUACCACUCGAGCGUCUCUUUGCGAGUUGGUAGCUCUGAAGUUACUCAGGCGUUUCGACGAAGAGAAUCCAGAACGCGAUGGUCUGCUCCUACUUGCGAACAUACUAGUGGCCGGAUUUGAACCAUUUCAAAACGCACCGCAGGAGAUCAGACGCGUCCACAGCUAUGCUACCUCGUGGAAUGUUCAACAGCGAGGACACAGAAUUGGGAAAUCGACAGUCUUGGAAAUCGCUAUCGUCUCGGAAAGUAAGAUUUUCUUGAGCGCGCCGGCAUGUCAAAAGGUCAUGGAGGCAAUCUACCUUGGGCGCGUUGUCUACACGCCCUCAUCUUUCAUUGAUAUAAUACCGGACCAUUACAAGUAUAAGCCGAUCACGUUGUACCACCCUAAAAAGGCGCCAAGGCUCAAUCAAUAUAGGCUCAUGGUCCCCCGGACAAGGAACGCUCUCGACAUCUGCCAGUUUCUGACCCUACUGAUACUGUACAUACUUACUAUGCAGCACCGUCAGAGCGAUAAGUUCACUACGUAUGAGCUUGUGUUCUGCGUGUACGCUACGGGCUGGGCACUGGACGAGUUCGCUUCCAUUCUAGAGCAUGGAUGGCAGUGCUAUACGCAGAACCUUUGGGCGUUCUUAGAUUUCAUGUUCAUUGUCAUCUACGUCGUCUACCUUGUUCUUCGGAUACACAGCUUGGCAACAGGCGACAUUCGCUCCGGUAUUCCAGCACUCGAUAUCUUGUCGGCAGGGGCACCUGUGCUGAUACCGCGCUUGGCCUUCAACCUGCUUUCGGAGAAUAUGCUUUUUGUCUCUCUACGAGCCAUGAUGGCCGAUUUCACAGUUCUUACCUUGCUGGCUGUGUGGUGCUUUGCUGGAUUUCUUCUUAGCAUGAUGUGGCUUGGCGAGGGUGAUCAUCCGCCGAUCACCAUUUCCAAAUGGAUGUUGUGGGUCUGGUUCGGCCUCGAUGGGACCGGGAUUCAAAGAUCGGUCGACUUCCACUGGCUUAUUGGCCCGAUCCUGAUGGUCACGUUUGCCUUCUUGGGCAAUACACUCUUUCUUACCAUCCUCGUAUCGAUGCUCAGCAGCACUUUCUCCAAGAUCGCAUCCAACGCGACAGCCGAGAUUCAAUUUAGAAGAGCAGUCCUCACUUUUGAAGGAGUCAAGAGCGAUGCAAUCUUUGCUUACCAGCCCCCUUUCAAUAUUCUGGCACUCUGCCUCCUGCUACCACUCAAGAUAGUCCUUACUCCGCGCUGGUUCCACAAGAUCAACGUUGCAGCUGUGCGAACAGUCAAUGCUCCGCUUCUACUGCUCCUGAGCGUGUACGAACGCAGGCGUCUGUGGAGCACGAAGCCCUCAAAAAUUAAGACCAAGAUUAGUUUUUGGGACUUCUCACGAUUCUCGGUGCACGCAGACAUACAAGCAGUGUUUGACUCUGACCCGCCUCAGUCGGUCUUGGACGAGAUAUCUGAAGCCGAAGAGAAUCCUCGUCCUGGAAGUCUUGCGGUUCCGUCUAUCAGCCUUAACGGCAAAACAGAAAAUAGAUCAGAAGGCCACCGCACAAUCCCAACGAAGACAGCGAAGCGGAAGGAUUCGAUGGCGGCGAUGGAUGGCUUGGGAGAAUGGUUACACGGACACGAUAACAAUGGAUUGACAGGCAGACUAGACGCUCUCGAAAAUGCUACGAGACGGAUUGAGUAUAUGGUAAAGAAAAUCAGCCAGGAUUUGGGAGGUGACAGUAGUGAUAGUGAGACCAUUUCGAGAGCUCCAACAGCCCAGGACAUCAACCGGGACGAGGAGGACAUAUGA